AUGUCUGUUACAGAGCAAGUGUUCAUUUUCUUGCACAUUAUUGGUCAUAAUGUGAGGUUUCGUGUAAUGGGUGGUCGGAUCUAUAGAUCAACUGAGACUGUUCAUAGAUACUUCAAGGUUGUCCUUAGGGGGGUCCUGAAAUUAUAUAGAGCUCUAAUAAGACUGCAUAGUGAAGAUACACCUCCAGAGAUAAGGAAUAGCAGAAGAUUUUACCCAUAUUUUAAGGAUUGUGUUGGAGCAAUAGAUGGUACACAUGUUCGUGCAUCUGUGCCACCUGAAAUACAAGGAAGAUUUCGUGGUCGCAAAGAUGGAACCACGCAAAAUGUGUUAGCUGCCAUUAGUUUUGACUUAAAGUUCACUUAUGUGUUAGCUGGAUGGGAAGGCAGUGCACAUGAUUCACGUGUAUUAAAUGAUGCAUUUGCUAGGCCAGGGGGAUUUUCAAUUCCCAAUGGUAAAUUUUAUCUUGGUGAUGCUGGGUAUGGUAAUAAAAAUGGAAUAUUGUCACCGUAUCGAAGUGUACGAUAUCACUUGAAAGAGUUUAGUGAUCGUCCUCCUGAGAAUGCGCAAGAAUUGUUCAACCUCCGACACUCUUCAUUGAGAACUACCAUUGAGCGAGGGUUUGGAGUGGUGAAAAAACGUUUUCGAGUGUUGGAUGCAGAACCAUAUUGGUCUUUCCCAACCCAAGUGAAAGUAGUGUUAGCGUGUUGUGUGGUUCAUAAUCACAUUAUGGGGGUUGAACCAAAUGACCAUAUUAUGGAAGAUGCAAUGAACCAAGUAGAGUUUAGUGACCACCAACAAGAAACACAAUCCCGUCGGGAGUCCGUCGAAGAUAGUAGAUCAUGGAAUGCUAAGAGAGAUGAGAUAUGCCAAGCCAUGUGGUCUGAUUAUGUCAGGAGUGGAGAGUAG